AUGGCGGUCACAGAUUUGUGUCGAGUUCCCUUUUCCAUUGGAAAACACAACGCAAGCAAAGUUGUAUGUGACGUAAUCGACAUGGACGUGUGCCACAUAAUCCUUGGUUGCCCAUGGCAAUUUGACGUGGGAGCCACAAAUGAUUGCAAGGCCAAUACAUACACAUUUGAUUGGAAGGGAAAAACAAUAUGCCUGCUGCCAAACAACCAAGGUAUUGAUUAUACGACUGAUAAAAAUAAAACUCUCAUGCUUGUGAUUUCAAGUAACCAGUUGUUGCAUGCUUGGAGAGAUGCAUCCCAUAUUCUGGCAUUGAUUGUGAAAGAGAAAACCAUCGUUAGUGAUCACCAAAUUGUUCUAGAACCUGUUAAAGCUUUAAUCCAACAAUUCUCUGACAUUGGGUCAGAGAACCUACCGCCGGAGUUGCCACCCUUGCGGAGCAUCCAACACCAAAUUGAUUUAAUUCAUGGAGCAACAUUGCCUAACUUAUCGCAUUACAAUUUGAGUCUGAUUGAACACCAGAUUCCACAACAUAUAGUAGAUGAACUCUUAGAGAAGUAG